UGUGACUCCACUUUCGGCCUCCCUGCGUUUUCCAGCGAUGGUGUCUCCAUGGGAUCAAAACUUCAGCGUCACAGCUGGGGACUGGCUUCGUGGUCCCUGAUGGGCGAGCAUGAACAGGUGGUAUGUGCGACCCUCUUUUGGCCGGCCUACCCCGGGACCCUGACUACUGUGUCUCUCACCUCUACUCAUCUCCUUCACUCUCCAUCACACCUUGGCCUGCCAACGAGAAGAGGGGGUCCUCCUCAGACAGGGAUUUGGACUGUACCACCUGCUGGUCUAGGACCUGGGAGCCUGAGAUCGUGAAUGCUGCUUCAGAACAAGCAGCGAGGACUGUAGACUGGGGCCCUGAGUGGGACUCCAAGUGUCGGCCUCAUGAGGGUACCUCCAGUUCCAGCUCAGACCUGCUCAAGGAGCAUUGUCCCGGCCAGGACCUUGUGAAGAGGAACCACACAACCAAGAAGUCCCUGGAGUCUGGCUCUGCUAAAGUAAAAGUUAAGAACACCAUGCUAGUCCCUGACUCUCAGAAGCUCUUGCGAUGUGAACUAGAGUCUCUCAGGACCCAAUUGCAGGCUCAGACCAAGGCUUUUGAGUUCCUGAACCACUCUGUGACCAUGCUGGAAAAAGAGAGCUGCCUGCAGCAGAUCAAAAUCCAGCAGCUUGAAGAAGUAUUGAGCCCCACAAGCCGCCAAGGAGAGAAGGAAGGUCGUAAGUGGGGCACGGAACAGGGUCGGCAGGAGCUGUAUGGGGCCCUGGCCCAAGGCCUGCAGGGUUUGCAGAAGACACUGAGGGACGGGGAGGAGCUGCAAAGGGCCCGUACUACUCGCUGCCUACAGUUGUUGGCCCAGGAGAUCCGGGACAGCAAGAAGUUCCUGUGGGAGGAACUGGAGCUCGUGCGGGAAGAAGUGACUUUCCUCUAUCAGAAGCUCCAGGCCCAGGAGGAUGAGAUCUCAGCGAACCUCUUGAAUAUCCAGAAGAUGCAGAAAACACAGGUGAAGUGCCGAAAGGUUCUGACCAAGAUGAAGCAGCAGGCGUAUGAACCGUCUUCGUGGCCAGAAGCUGAGGAUGUGCCUGCAGAAGGCAGUGGCGGCUGGAAGGAUGACUUACAGAAGGAACUGAGUGACAUAUGGUCUGCUGUCCACAGCCUGCAGAGCUCCAUCGACUGCCUUGCCUUGUCCAUGGGCACCAGGCCCAGGACCUCCAGUCUCAGGGGCCACAAGGGACAGCGGUGCCCGAGUUCUCAGUAUCCUUCUUGGGACUCCGAUUCUGACUGGGAGAGACCUUACAGCAAGAGUGGAUCUCACCCUCCCGGUACAGACCCUCCUCAUCCCCUCUCCAUCCCUUAACAUCUGGCUCCCUUGUUAUUCCCACAGUGUAGGCCUUGAGGCUGGCACUCUGUCUGGGCAUCUGGUCCUUGGCUGGCCACCCUGAGUUCUGGUUAAAGCCAGACUGUGAUCUACCUUCUCUCCCCAUAGCUUGAGCAGCUGGGACUGCUUGCCCUGAAGACUCCUCCAGAGAGAAAAUAAACUAGCUGAGACCUUCCUCCACCCUGGACUUUUGCAUCUGCUGGUUUAAGAGUCUGGGGUCCUCCCUACGCUACCCCCAGCUAACUCCUUGGUUUCUCAGAGGAUGUAGAGACGGGGCACUUUUGAGGACGUGUGGGUCUAGUUAGGCCAUUGAGACAAGAUUUAGGGUGUGUCAUUGGGGCGUGUAAUCCAGCUUGGCAGGUAGAUAGAAGUAGGCAUAUCAACUCAAAGUUAGCACGGCAAGUCUGAGCCCAGCCUAUGCUAGAGAAAAACCUUGUCUCAAAAACACAGACGUGGCCUGCCAAAUAGCCUGAAGACCUGAGUGUGAUCCCUGGUCCCCACCAAUGGUAGGAGAGAACCAACUCAUGCGUGUUGUCCUCCAACCUCUAAAUACACGCAAAACAUGGCACACACCCCAAUAAAUAAAUGUAAUUUAAAAAUUUUAAAACACAAAAU